CACUGCCCCAAGAAGCACCGCUUCGCCUUGCUGGGAAGGCUGGUGGGGAGCCUCCUCCUGUGCUGCACUUCCAAGAACGAGGGGACCAGCCACGAGGCAGCGGAGGCUGUGCGCCACCUCUACGCCUUCCUCAGGCAGCAAAGAAGUGAGAGGAGCCGCGUCGGGCUGGGUCCCUCCAGACACGGGCACGCCGGCACAGCCAGGCCAGCACCAGGCCGCCUGGGCCCCUCUCCUCAGCAGGAGAGACGUGACCGAGCGAGCCCGGCUGCCUUUCCGCGGGCUGACGAGCCGUUCCCCCUGCCCUGAGCGCGAGAGCCCGGGCCCUCCCUGGGAGCGCUGCCCCCAGCUCUGCUCUGGCAUGCCCCCUUCCUGCCAGGGAGGCUUGUGCCCGAGCCCCCGGCUGCCACUGCCAGGUCCCCAGGCCCCCCCCGCUGACACUGUGUCCGCUUUUCUCCAGGCACAAGGCUCUGGGACCAGGAUGCCGAGCAGCCGCAGCUCCGGGAGCGCUGGCGAACUCGGCUGUCCUUACGGCUCUCAGAAGACGGCAACACCAGCAGAAUCUUCAUGGUGAGAAGCGCCAGCCCUGAGCCCCGGAGGAGACCCCGGCCCUGCGACGUCAGGAAGAGGACCGGCGCUGUCCCCGACAAAGCCCGGUCCCCACGGGGCCCGCACGCGGCCGCACCCCAGCCGUCGCCCGGCCCAGCCCCUGCUCCCAGCUCUCCUGGGGCGCCGGGAGCAGCAGGGCUGAGCGGGGCCAUCGCAGCCCUCGGGGUGACUGACGUGUUGUCCUUCCUCCCACAGAUGUUUGUGAAGUACCUGCAGCCCUCUGAACGGUUGGGCGUCUUCCUCGCUGCCAUCAAGAGCAUGAGAGCCCCGAAUCCCCGCAGCACCAAGCUGGCUGCCCACAUGGUGGACGUGCUGGCGGCAGAGACCGACUUCCAUUCGGGACAGGUGCUGAACAUCGUGUGGGCCAUCUACAGAACCCUGCCGUCCGUCAGAGCCGCGCUGGCCCUUCAGAGCCUGGACAGGGCCCUGCUGGUGCUGGCCAGCAAGCGCCCCAGGGAGACGGUUGCCAGCCUGCUGCAGUGCUCGCCGACCUGCACCAGCGUCGCCGUCACCAUGUGGAAGGCAAUGGUGUCUGAGCCCCCAGCCACAGAGAGGGUGCUGCGGGAGCUGCUCCGCAUCCUCAUGAACCAGUCUGGCUGCAAGACAUCCACCUCCACCGAGGACCACCCGCGCAUCCUGGCCCUGGCCGUGAGUUCCUCGCUUGCCCAUCUCCGAUGGGCAGGGGCCCCGCUCCCCUCCCCUGAUCCCUCCCAGCCUUAUCCGCACCCUGGGGCACCCGGGCGCGCCCACGGGGCCAGCCUGGGGGGUCUCCAUCCUCCUCUGUCCCUCCCUGCCCACGCCUCUGGGUGCUUUCUGCAGGCAGCAAGGCCCCUCCACGAGAUCCUCCUGCUGCCUACCAGCCUGGAGGAGGCGAAGGCCGUUUUCCCCCAGCUCUUCCUGGCCCUCCUCUUCCAAGUGUCCUUCACCACGGAGCUGACGCUGCAGGAGGUGCAGGUCUUCCGGCAGAAGCACCGGCAGGACCUGCUCACUCCCAUCAGGUCCACGGUGCAGUCCCUGAAAGCGCUGCUCCGCAGCGUGGGCCUGGGGAGCCAGGUGCUGGCCAUCGAGGCGCAGGGCGGCUGGGCCGCGCUUCUCAGCGCCGAGAGCCACCUCUGGGGCGUGCAGGUGGUGGCCAGGUGAGAGCCCCUUGUCGGCACCAUCCCCUUC